AUGAGGGUUCAGGUUGGCGGCCGAGCGCAGACCCGAUCGCGCGUGCGUCUGACCUCAGACCUCUCGUCACGCCAUGUCCGCUAUUCUCCGAUCCCGCGUCGCGCGUCAGGUCCUCACGGGCGUCCGCGGCUACGCCGCCGUCCCCGAGGUCAUGGUGCGCCGCCGCCGCCGCCGCCCGCCGUCGCUCGCGGUCAUCAUUUUCUGUCGAUAGACGACGAUGUCUUCCGAAAGCCGAUCGAUUCGAAGGUCGCCGCCGCCGCUCGACGCCUCCCCGCCUCCCCGCCUCCCCGCCCAUCCUCUGACCCAUCUCAUCCUUCUCGCCCCCUAAACCCCCCUCCCCUCCCGCAGCGCGCCGCCGUCGUGCGCGAGACCGGCCCUUCGUCCGUGAUGAAGGUCGAGAACGACUACCCCGUCCCGAAGCUCGCCCCCGGCGGCGUCCUCGUGAAGAACAAGUACAGCGGCAUCAACUUCAUCGACACGUACCACCGAAGCGGCCUGUACAAGCGCGAGCUGCCGUUCAUCGGCGGCCAAGAAGGCGGCGGCUUCGUCGCCGCGGUGACCCCCGAGGCGGAGAGCCAGGGCGUCAAGGUGGGCGACCGCGUCGCGUACAGCUCCGUGUUUCAAACCUACGCGGAGUACACCGCGGUGCCCGCGUCGAAAGUGGUGACCGUCCCGGAGGAAGUGCCCCUGGACGUCGCCGUGUCGUGCGGCGUGCAGGGCAUGACCGCGCACUACCUCACGCACUCCGCGCACGCGGGACUCGUGAAGCCCGGGGAGUGGAUGCUGAUUCACGGCACCGGGAGCGGGACGUGCCAGUGGGCGGCGCAGAUGGCGAAGCUCCGCGGGUACAAGGUUAUCGGCACGUGCUCGGAGUCGAAGCAAGACAUCGCGCGGGCGACGGGUGUGGACGAGCUCAUCGACUACACUUCUGUGGAUCUCGUCCCGAAGGUCAUGGAGAUCACGGGCGGGGAGGGGGUGAAGGCGGUCAUCGACGGCAUCGGCCUCGCGACGUGGGAGACUUCCAUCGAAUCGCUCGCGAGGCGCGGGAUCUUCGUGUCGUUCGGGAACGCCUCCGGCGCGGUGCCCGCGUUCCCGCCGCUGCGUUUGAUUAACAAGUCCGGGUUCAUCACGCGCCCGAAGCUGAACGAUUACACCGUGACGCGCGAGGAGCUCCUCUCCCGCGCGAACGACAUCUACGGUUGGAUCGACAAGGGCGACCUCAAGGUUGUGGUCGACCGCACGUUCCCCCUGGAGCAGGCAAAGGAAGGCCACGACUACCUCGAGGCGGGCAGGUCCCGCGGCAAGGUCCUCUACGAGAUUUAA